AAUCCAAGCCAGUACAUUAGUGCGUGACUUUCACCAGUGGGUCUGUUUACAGCUGUGUGAGGUGGACUCGACAAGACAGCUCCUCGUUGAAGAGUAUGAGGAAGAGAGAUUUAUUCAGCAGAUGUUGGGACAUGUUAUAGUGUAACACAUCGCUUUAAGUCCGUUCUCCACACUUCCGCACAGAGUUCACCCACUCUACAACAGUGACCCAGCAGAUACUGUGACGACUGCGCUUCCCUGUGAUACCAGCCAGGAACAUGUCCAUGUUCAGCACGGGCAUCCUUGUGCUGACGUCUCCUCUCCACACCCUCCCCUUGCGCAUCGCUCCCGUGCUCAGCUCAGCCGCUCAGCUUGUGGAGCGCACGCUGUACGUCCACCUCAACCCCGGGCUGAACCUGGGGAGUGGGAGCCAGCCCCGACCGGUUUUCCUCCCACCGGCAGUGGACCUGUCCACGCUCAUUUCCCGCCUUUACAGCAAUGCAGCUGACGUGUGCGGGCACCUGGAUGUCCGUGUUUUGCUGACCAAUGUCCGCACUCAGUCAGCUUCCUGCAGCGGGACCGCGAUCCCAAACUGCCCCUUCCCCACGCCACAAUCUCUGUCUCACUCCCCGGAGGUGGUGCUGACAGACUUUCCUCUGCAGGACCCGGGUCAAUCCCACCAGGUCAUGCAGUGUCUGCAGAGGUACACGGGCCACUGCUACGUCUGCAGCCCCAGCAUGCCCUCCGUGCUGCUUCAUCCACAGCUAGUGAGGCUGCAGGAGAACCGGGAGGGGCUGAAAGAGCCCGGAGAAGAGGCAGAACCCAUGCAGACCUACAGUGACGUGGUGGUAGGGGGGACGUUCGACCGGCUCCAUGGGGCCCACAAGACGCUGCUCAACAUCUCAUGCCUGCUAGCCAAUAGAAGGUUAAUUAUUUGUGUGUGUGACCAUGCAAUGCUGAAAAGUAAGUCGUUAAUUUUCAGUAAUUCUAUUUCAGGAAUGCGUAUUCAUGAUGAGAAGGCAGCCCCCCCUAACAUCCUUUUCUUCCCGGCUUUAGAGAAAGUGCUGAAGGAGCUGGUGGAGCCCUACUCACUGCGGGCCCAGAGACUACAGGAGUUCCUGCAAGACAUCAAACCCUCACUGCAGGUGGAGAUCAUGCCCCUCGAAGACCCCUAUGGAGUUGCUGUGGUUGACCCCUUGCUGCAGUGCAUUGUGGUCAGCGAGGAGACUAGAAGGGGAGGCGAGGCUGUCAACAAGAAACGCAUUGAGAACGGCCUUCGUCCUCUCAUCCUCCACGAGAUCCAGUUGCUUAAAGAUGCCCACCACACUGAGACAGAGGAGGAGAAGAUCAGCUCCUCCAGUCUACGCUCUCGACUGCUGGGCACCCUCCUUACCCCGCCUAAAGACACGUCCCAUCUCGCUCCACUUCCGUACGUGAUUGGCCUGACGGGAGGCAGCGGCAGCGGAAAGAGCUCCAUCGCCAGGCAGCUGGAGGCUUUGGGCGCCGUCCGGAUUGACUGUGACAAGCUGGGCCAUGAGGUGUACCAGCCCGGCACUGCAGCCUAUCGCAGAGUGCUUGAAGAAUUUGGGUCAGAUCUUCUGAACGAAGAUAAAACCAUCAACAGACGUGCUUUAGGAAGAAAGGUUUUUGGAAACCAGGAGCGGUUAAAAGCCCUAACGGACAUUGUAUGGCCUGAGAUUGCACUUCUGGUGGAGAACAGAAUCAGCCAAGCCAGAGAGGAAGGUGAGCAGGUUUGCGUGUUGGAUGCAGCCGUUCUUCAGGAGGCCGGCUGGACAGACAUGGUCCACGAGGUCUGGGUCACGGUCAUCCCCGAGGAGGAGGCGGUGUUAAGGAUAUCGGAGCGAGACGGUUUGACCGCAGAAGAUGCCCUGCGUCGUCUGCAGAGCCAGUGGUCCAACGGCAAGCAAGUAGCGCACGCCAACGUGGUGCUCAGCACGCUGUGGGAGCCCGAGGUCACUCAGAAACAGGUACUGAAAGCUUGGAACCUCCUUCAGGAGAGGCUACAGCAGAGACCAGACGGACAUGUGUUGGUCUCUCCAUCAUCCCAGCUGUGAGCUGUGCAUAGAGAACAAGCAUGUGCACACAAAUGACUGAUCCACAUAAGGAACAGUGCCUUAGAAAGAAGUAGGCGCGGUACAAAGCUCUCUCGCUUCUUUUACCAAGACUCGGUGCCUGGUUGAGUUCCCACAGGUUUUUAAAGUGGUUUAAUUUUAAGAUGCUGAGUUAAAAGAAUGGAUGGGUGAGGAAAAAUAACUUCAUAAAUCAUCCCAGACAAAAGGUGUUUUCAUGCAAAGAUAUUUUUUUAGGAAUAGCAUGUCUUUAAAUAGUUACUCUUGCUCAAAUGAUAUGCUCAACAUUCAUUUCAAGACCAAAACUCUCUGUGAAGUCUAAUGUUGUGGGUGGCUCGUCAGCUGAUGACACUUUACAAGUUGUCCUAUUUUCGUGUCCAAGUAUAAUUAGCACGAAUGUACCUUUUAAAAGCAACUAAUGGUCAGAGGAAAAGGAAGGUACCAUAUUGAAAGAUUGCACUAGGUGCCACCGUUAAAUCAUAUGAAUUAAUGUUUGUGUUCAUCUUUAUGGUUUUUUGGGGGGUUGGGAGAAUGUUUUAACAAGUUCACUGUCAUCUUAUGAAGAAUUGUAGAUUAUCAAACAAGCUACUUUGUAUUUAAGAAGUAUGUGAAUAGAUUAGAAUAUUUUGUAAUACGAGUAGUUGUCACGUUCAGAUACAAUAGGCACUUAAAAAAAAAAUUGACACACUGUACAUUGACUAAUAAAGGAGACUGGAUAAAAGACAUUACGGUAAAUCAAGCGGACGUGAAAAUAAUUUUACAUCCAUAGAUUAAAUGUUGAACUCCUGAAUUGCAAUCUAAGAACGAGCCCACUUAAAUAUUUAUACACACACACACACACACACACACUUGGUAAAUUUCAUGUCAAAUCCUGCAAUUAAAUUACAAAUCAAUGUUUACAUAAUAAAAUACUGCUUAAAUUAUUCCUUCAUAUUACAAGGAUUGUCCAAUGAAGGGAUAUUUGGUCUUUGAUUUCAUAUCAUCUGGAGAUCCAGGAGAAUAGUUAAAUAAUUUGGAGUAACCUUAAAUGAAAUGUUGACAGUGUUCUCACCCAUUUAAUGUUUGUUUAUAAGAAGUGCUGUAUGUUCCUUAAUAAAAUAAUCCCAAAUAGUA